AUGCCCCCUAACCUAUAUCUCAGCCCAAUGCUACCGAACCAUGACCCGAGCGGGGAUUGCGGGCAAGCUACGUAUUCCAGGGAAGUGCAUCUUUGGGACAAGGCCGCAGGGAAUGCGGCAGAUUUCACUGCCCAGUUUGUAUUCGGCAUGGAAUCUCAAAAUAGGAACACUUCCGGCGACAGGUUGGCUUUCUUUGAUGCUCCUCCGGGCUCGGCCGUGUCAUGUGACUUGGGAGGAGAAUGUCGAGGUCUCCCCAAGGGUUCUUUCGUCGCGAACAGGGUUGACACUUUCAAGAAUCCCUGGGAUGGGGAUGUGCCACAUGUUGGUAUAGAUUUAAACAACAUCAGGUCCGCAGCCAAUGUCACCGUCACAUGGUUGAACGGAACCAUGGAUGGCCGAUUGGUUAAUGCUUCGAUAACAUACGACUCAAAGGCGAAAAAUUGGAGCGUUAUCUUGGUGGAUGCUAAUGGGAAUUCCAAUAACUCAGUCAGUCUUCACUAUGCCCCACUAGACUUAAGUGAGUAUUUGCCAGAGUGGGUCGAUGUUGGUUUCUCAGCUGCGACUGGAGCUGCAUAUGAGUUUCACAUGGUCCACUCAUGGGAAUUUAGCUCCAGUUUGCGCCUUUGGCCGGAAAAGACUGCUUUAUCUUUGUUGCAGUGGCUGCUCAUAGCCAUCGGCAGCAUCGGUAUAUUGGCAGUGAUCAUUCUCGCUUCAUUUGCCUGGGUACGUUAUAGGCCAAAAGGCAACCGUCCAUACCCGAUCAGUGAUUUGCCAGAGGGAGAUAAUGGACCUAAGACAACCAAAGGGAACGGAUCGAGACCGGGAGAGGUGGAGGAAGCUGGCCAUCGUAGCGUGAAAUUAACUGAAGAGCUCGAGAAUUUCUGUGGACCCAAGAAGUUCUCCUAUGAAGAGUUGACGACCGCGACCGAUUCUUUCGCACAGGGCAGGAUCUUGGGGAAAGGCGGUUUCGGGAUGGUGUACGAAGGGCACAUAAGAGACGGUCGCACAAGGAUCGCUGUAAAGAUAAUAAAACCCAAUUCACACCAAGGGAAAAAGGAGUAUGUAUCCGAGGUGAUGUCGUUAAGCCAACUUAGGCACAAAAACUUGGUGCAACUCAUAGGCUACUGUCACGAGGCGGAUAACUUGGCCCUGGUUUACGAGUUCAUGAGAGGAGGUAGCUUGGAGGAUCAUCUGUUUAACAGCAGAACCUUGUUGACGUGGGAAAGGAGGUAUAACAUCGCCUGGGGACUGGCCUCGGGGCUGCACUACCUGCACGAACAAUGCAAUCAAUGCGUGAUCCACAGGGAUAUCAAAUCCAGCAACACUAUGCUCGAUGAAAAGCUCAACGCCAAAUUGGGAGAUUUCGGAUUGGCCAGGCUGGUCGACCAUGCCAGAGGGCCAGACACAACCGAAUUGAUAGGAACACCGGGUUACUUGGCUCCGGAAUGCUAUCAAACAGGUAAGGGAACUAAGGAAUCCGACAUCUACGGUUUCGGAGUGGUCCUUUUGGAAAUAGUAUGUGGGAAAAGAGUCUUCGACUCGGAACUAGCAGAGCAAAGCCUCGGCCUCGUUCAGUGGGUUUGGAAGCUUUAUGGGUGGCGGAGCUGGAGCCGGACCAGGCGCUGGCACAGGAAUUUUCUCGGUGCAGUGGACAAAAGGCUCGGCAAGGAUUUCGACGGGAAACAGGCGGAGGCCUUGAUGAUUGUGGGGCUGUGGUGUGCUCAUCCCGUUGCUGCGUCUCGGCCUUCGGUCGAAGCGGCAAUGUCCGUCUUGGACUUGAAAGCAGAGCCUCCCAAGCUCCCCUCGAAGAUGCCAGUCUUCAACAUAUAA